ACAAAACAAACUGUACUUCAUGGGUGGUUCACUGAACAACAUGAUGAUGGUCUUUGUUGCUGCUUUAAUAAUACUCUGCCAAAUUUGCUUUUCUGGUGCAAUUAUAUCAUUUACACUGUUUAUAGUUUCAGCUGUAGACAUCUCCUUCACUAUUGUACCAGAGACACAAUAUGUAUAUGUCAAUGGUAAUGUGACAUUUGAAUGUGCUAUUAAUGUGACUCAAUUUAAUCCCUCUUUUGUGACUAAUCCAUCAGUUGAUGGUUCAGAAUUAUCCUCUGGUAGUAUGGCAUCACUCAGCCUAAUAGCAACUAGUGAAGUAAAUGGUACAGAAGUUACCUGUGAAGGACCCAAUGGAGCUAUCACUGAACCAGUAUAUCUAUAUGUACAAGGUCAGUAUAAUGUUGAUUAAUGAAGUGACUGUACUCAAGCAUUCAUAUAGUCUGUAUUGUUGUUACACUU